AUGGUCUCCCCAUCGCCAGAUGGGAAUAAAUUUGCACUGGUCACUGGUAUUGCAGAGUAUGGACACAUGCCAAGACUGGUUGCCGCUUCCAAAGACCGUGGCAACGUCAGAAGCACGUUGCGACAUCUUGGGUUUAAUCUGUCAGAGCUCGCUGCACAAGAUUGCGUUCUCAAGCAAGACUUUGUACACGCUUUGGAAGAACUGGUCCAGAAGGGUAAGUUGGCCCUGUCAGCUGGGAAGAACCCAAUCCUUGUCUUUUGGCAUUCUGGUCAUGGGCUCCAGGUACACGAAGAUGCUUUGCCUCAUUUGGUUGCAUCAGACUCCGAGCCAGACAGUGUCGACACGCUCGUCGAUACCAAAAAUCUCAUCACAAAAUUGAACGAACUUCGGGCGGAGAAGCACCGCAAGUUGCGGGUAAUCAUGGUGCUAGAUUGCUGCCGCUUUCAAUCGAAGGGUCCGGCUACUCCGGUUACGAUCAACAGGCGUCAGAAACUGCCGAGUCUGAAACACGAUUUCUACAUUAUUCUUGCCUGUGAUCCCGGACGUGGGGCAGGGGAUUUCCAGAAUGGUGGUGUGCUCACGCAGGAAGUACUCCGCCUGCUACCAUACAGAAAACCGAUUUUGCAGAUUUUCCACGAAGUUGAAAAGCGCGUGAAAUGCCAGCGCCCUUGGGUACGGUCGCGUGCAGGGGACGAUGAACCAGUGCUUGGACAGCGUGAUGAAGACUUUCCAAAUCGCAGCCCUCGUGGUUUUCCAGAGACGGCACAGCUACUCGGCGUUGAAGACGAUAUGUACCACCCUCACGGUCCGCAGAGCCCACCGUGUCUCGAAUCUAAUUCCCUCAGUGCCUGUGAUACAUUCCGGUUGUAUUGGUUUCCCUUUGCAGGUUUACUCGCUGUAGGGGUUCAUGCAAUGUUGUUGACCUUGUGGGUCUUCGGCGCCGGCAUCAACAAACGCUAUGCCACACGAUUGGCCAUGCCCCCAUGCGUGGCCUUCAUGGAUUUGGCCAGCUUGAGUCAAGCUUACUAUAGGAGGCUCUCCGAAUUGAAGCCCUCUUGUGGAUUGGCGUGUAGCGUUUUCUUACACCACGUCUGGCCAAAGUUAGAAUACCAUCUGAACAGGGUUUGGUAUCCGUCUUUGUUCCUUAUGCUGGCAGUCGGCGAGCUGAAGCAUGAUCAUGACUUCCUGGCAGCCAUAGUCAGCUGCAUUCUGGGAGUGGUCUGCUAUUUUACACUGGUCAGAUUUAAGCUCCCAGCUAUCCUCACAGUGUAUGACAGGUUUGAUGAAACGUCCAUUGAUCGAGCUACUUGGACCUGGCUUUCUGUGAGUGCCGUGGCCUUGUACUUUGCAGAGAGUGGAUACCAGUGUCUGCAAGCAGGUGACGAUGACUGCGUGCGAAAUGUGGAGAGAAAUUUUCAUGUGUUCUUUCUUCUAUAUAUUUCAGCUUGGUACUUCACGAUGUUCCACCGUGCUAAUCCUGCUUUUGCGGAUUGCGGCUUGAAGAACAGCUUGAGCCGCAAACUGUCAGCGCACACGACAAUUGUGCCCCUGGUGGCAAUUCUCUGCCCUCUGACACAGUCUGUUCUGCGCGAAGCUCCUAUCUGGAAGUCUUGGCCGUGGCAGCUGUGGCUCCUCGCGGAGUACUUGGGGAUAUUCGGAUUCGCUCUUAUGUGUGGCGUUGUCUUUCCACCGUGUACGACUCCAGCUUCUGACGACAUUGGCUUUUGUGCCUAA